GCGCUGCACCCACGCGCCAAGGAAGCCCUCCUGGUGUGGCGCGCACCGCCCAGCCCCGCCCCCCACUCCGCGCCCGACUGGCUCACCGCCGCCCACGGCUACGUCAUCGCCGCCCGACGCGCCGCGCGGGUCGAGGAAUUCCUCAUAGAUGACUUAAUAGAACCAGAUAUCAUCACAACGAAUGUUACUUGGACCACACACAAGCGCCUCGGCAGCAGUGGCCGCGUGGUUGUCUACGUGUUGGAAGAGAGGAGCAGAGGUAGGGGCCGGGCCGAGGUCAAAUACAAACUGAAGUAUGACUUGCGCAACGUCCUCUGGUUGAUCCAUCAGUCCUUCAACUGGCUGCUAGUGUGGCAAGGGAGAAGGCUGGAAGCAGGCAUUUGGAGGAAGCUGCAGAAACCCUUCUUCGCGAUGUCAACUUUUCCUCUUGAGUGCCUUGGUCUUGUGUGCUACGAUGAGAAAGCGGCACGGCAGGCGAGG